UCUAACGGACACGUGUCAACAGCCACAUCCCUUUUCCAAAAUCUUUUCCUAUUUGGUUUUGUGAAACCCAGUCCCCAAGCAACUCCCCGCUCUUCAUCUUCCUCAGUUGUUAUGAAUCCUCAUUCUUUUCCAGCUUCCAUGGAUUUUCUCCUUCUCUGAACUUUCGCAUCGAUUCUUUCCAUCAAAAUCAACAGAUUGAUAUCUCAAUGGCUUCCACUCAUAAAUGCUCCAUCUCCUUCAAUUCCGACGAGUUCACCCCUAAAGAACACUUUGUCGCUGACAUCCUCGAAGAAUUAACUCUUCUCAUUCAAAAAUCCGAAUUCUCUCUUGGAUUACCUCCUUCCUGGCCUGUCCGACGCAAGAGAUCCGCUGUCGUUUCCCCGCCGGACUGUUCCUCGGUCGUCGCUCAACCGCCGCCUCCUCCAUCGUCAUCCGAGAGAGCAAAGGAGUCUAGCCCUACUACUCCACUUUCAUUCAACUUGUUAAGGAGCGAGUCUGAUGAGAAUAUUGCCAACGUCAAGGUUUCCAAGAGGAAAGCCCCACUCGAUAAGAAAUUUCAAUAUUUGGAAACCAUUGAUAAAUUGACCCACCAGAAUCAAGCUCUGGUAAAGGACGUUGAAGCUAUGAAGCAACAUUUUGUUCAUCUGAAAACUAUCAAUUCGGAGUUGAAGGCCAAGAAGCAAGAGGUCCCCAUGAUUCUUGGUGGUUCCACUAACCAAUCAGAAAUUCCCGAAAUUGGGACCUCAAGUUCGGGUACGAAAUCCUCACACUCAAAUGUGGAGAAUAAUCUCCAUGAAUGUCAACCGUCGAUGAAGAAUCAGACGGCUCCGGUGGCAGAACAGAGUAACCAUAAUCAGAAUCACCAAAUCCCAACUGGGGAAAUUCCUUUACUGGACCCAAUGGGGAUUCCUGAUUUGAACCUAACUAUCGAACAAAAUGUUCAAAUGAAUUACACAAAAUAUAUGGCUGCCAAAGCAAGACAGAACAGGAUUCGAAUCUGGAAGAACAAGAAGAACAACAACAGCAAUGGACCUGCAAAUUAACAAUCCUAAUUCCACAAAUUUUUCCUUCUUUUUAUUAAACCUAAGGAUUCAAUCAAUCAAUUUUAUGGGAGAACUGUUUUGAAUCUUGGGGUAGUUUUUUUCCCCUUUAUUAAUUGGGUUGAAUUGUGAAGGUAGAUAGAACCCCACAGUAUUUAUCUGGAUAUAUUUUUUCUUUUGUUAGUUUUUUUUUUAUUAAUGUAUAAAUGAUAAAAGUUCUUUUUUUCUUUC